GCCAGGUCCAAUUUCAGUUCUAGAGGCCUUGCCUGAGGAGCCACUGGCCAGCCCACAGCUCAGUAGGAAGGCCUGCAGUGCCGGACACCUGCUGAUAGGGCUUUGGUCCUUUUCCUUCCACAUAUAUUAUUCAUGGAUUGAGGAAAUCACAAUGGCAGAAGGUAGAGAGACAAAGCAUGGAGGACAGAAGAAUGGGAAGAAAGGAGGACUUUCUGGAAGUUCAUUUUUCACGUGGUUUAUGGUCAUUGCGUUGCUGGGAGUCUGGACAUCGGUAGCUGUUGUCUGGUUUGAUCUUGUUGAUUAUGAGGAAGUAUUAGGAAAACUAGGAAUCUAUGAUGCUGAUGGUGAUGGGGAUUUCGAUGUGGAUGACGCCAAGGUUUUAUUAGGCCUUAAAGAAAGAUCUGCUCCAAAGCCAACAAUCCCACCAGAAGAGGCCGAGCCGUACCCUUGGCUGGAGGAUCAGGUUCUGGAGGGGCCAGGGCCUCAGAAUAUUGAAGAUGAACUGCAAGACCAAAUUCAGUCACUUCUUGAUGAAACCGUGUACCCAGAACAUGGUGGACUAGCCCUUGGCCAGAGUGAGGACAGAGCUUCAGAGUGGGCAGCAGUGUGUUCGGAGGCCCAGAGAAGGGCCCGGGCGUGCCCAGCAGCUAAAGUGGGCGAGGACCUGCAGCAAGAACAGGAUGCACCAGCAGGAGAACUGCAGCUGGAAGAUGCUCUCCUCACAGGAAGGGAUGAAGAUGAAAGAAUUGAGUCCAUGGGAACUGAAGCAUUCCAUGAAGAAACUGAAGAUAGCUACCAUGUAGAAGAGACAGCUUCACCAGCCUAUAAUCAAGAUACAGAAGACAUGAUGUAUGAACAAGAAAAUCCAGAGUCCAGUGAACCAGUAGUGGAAGAUGAUGGAAGAAUAUACCAAGAAGCAGACGACGUAACAUACCAAGACUAUGAUGAACAAGUGUACGAGCCAGCGGAAAAUGAAGGAACAGAAAGUUCAGAUAAUGCUGUAGACAAUUCACACACAAUUUUAGAAGAAGUGCACCUGCCCCCUGCAGAGGAACAGCAGGAAGUACCACCAGAAACAAAGAGGAAAACAGAUGAUCCCGAAAAAAAAGAAAAAGUUAAGAAAAAGAAGCCUAAACUAUUAAAUAAAUUUGAUAAGACCAUUAAAGCUGAACUCGAUGCUGCAGAAAAACUCCGUAAAAGGGGGAAAAUUGAGGAAGCACUGAAUGCAUUUGAAGAACUAGUUCGCAGGUACCCUCAGAGCCCAGGGGCGCGCUAUGGAAAAGCACAGUGUGAAGAUGAUUUGGCCGAGAAGAGGAGGAGCAAUGAGAUCCUGCGCAGGGCCAUCCAGACUUACCAGGAGGCGGCCAGCCUGCCCGACGUCCCUGCAGACCUCGUGAAGCUGAGCUUGAAGCGACGGUCAGACAGACAACAAUUUCUAGGUCAGAUGAGAGGUUCCCUGCUUACUCUACAGAAGCUAGUUCAACUCUUUCCUGAUGACACUUCCUUAAAGAAUGACCUCGGAGUGGGGUACCUCUUGAUAGGAGAUAAUGACAAUGCCAAGAAGGUUUAUGAAGCGGUUCUGAAUGUGACGCCUAAUGAUGGCUUUGCUAAAGUACAUUAUGGCUUUAUCCUGAAGGCACAGAACAAGAUCGCAGAGAGCAUCCCCUACCUAAAGGAGGGGAUAGAAUCUGGGCAUCCUGGCACUGAUGAUGGGCGAUUUUAUUUCCACCUGGGGGAUGCCAUGCAAAGAGUUGGAAACAAAGAGGCGUAUAAGUGGUACGAGCUUGGGCACCAGCGGGGCCACUUUGCAUCCGUGUGGCAGCGAUCCCUGUACAACGUGCGAGGACUGAGAGCCCAGCCCUGGUGGACCCCCAAGGAGACGGGCUACACGGAACUAGUGAAGUCCUUAGAAAGAAACUGGAAGUUAAUCCGAGACGAAGGCCUUGCAGUGAUGGAUAGAACCCAGGGCCUCUUCCUGCCUGAAGAUGAGAACCUGAGGGAAAAGGGCGACUGGAGCCAGUUUACACUGUGGCAGCAAGGAAGAAAAAAUGAAAAUGCCUGCAAAGGAGCUCCUAAAACCUGUUCUUUACUAGACAAAUUCCCUGAAACAACAGGAUGCCGAAGAGGACAGAUCAAGUAUUCCGUCAUGCACCCAGGAACCCACGUGUGGCCGCACACGGGACCCACGAACUGCAGGCUCCGGAUGCACCUGGGCCUGGUGAUCCCCAAGGAGGGCUGCAAAAUCCGAUGUGCCAACGAGACCAAGACCUGGGAAGAAGGCAAGGUGCUCAUCUUCGACGACUCCUUUGAGCACGAGGUGUGGCAGGACGCCAAGUCUUUCCGGCUGAUCUUCAUCGUGGAUGUGUGGCACCCGGAGCUGACACCCCAGCAGAGACUCAGCCUUCCUGCAAUUUAGACAGUCGUGCCGUCUCGGACACGCUGGAGAGGUUCCGACUGCUUGAUGUGGACCUAGACCUUCAAACACCACAGCCCUUAAUUCCCUUGACUUGCAGCCUGAAAAAUUUCUAAACCUCCUCUGGGAUUGGAAGAUGCUAAAGGGAAUAUUCGCCUCGCUGUAGUUCUUUUAGAAAAGACCUGCCGUUUUUCACCCAGGACAGCCCUAAUCUGAUGCCCGUAUUCCAGGUGAACACGUGAUGCUUCUACCUUGCCGGCCAAAGAUAUUUUUUUCCACUGAAAGUAGGCAAAAUCAACAUAAAUGAGAAUAUGUGUAGAGAUUGUGAAUAAUUGCUUUAGUUUGCCAUUUUUCUCUACAGUUAUAUUUUUCGAGGGUCACUAGAUCAUUUUGUCAUUACAUACCACGACUGUUUUUGUUCAUUUUAGUGACAGGCUGUAUAAAUGCUUGACUUCUAGCUGUAGCUUCCCUGGUGAACUCAGAUUUCCAUCUUUUAGUUAUUUUUAGUAAAAGGCACUCAUUUGAAAAAAGAAAAUUCUACUUUCCUAAUACAAAGGAGAAGGACAUAAUCACGCCAGUGUCUAUGAACUGGACUGCUCCCUACCCAUUGGGUCGAUUUGCUUUUUUGUCUUCAUUGAGAGCCAGUGUCUUAAUUUCUCUCCUCGCCAUGUGAAUGGUGGAAAUACUGUCAAAAUGGUAUUUCUUUCUAAGAGGAACUUGUUUUACACUGAAAAGGGACUUGAAAUCAUUCUAUGAUGAGUUAUAAAAAUGACACAUGUAAACAUUUUUUUCAUGCCAAGUAUAGGCAUUGGGGGCAAACAUGUAAAAUUUCUCCAAGUGGAAAUUUUCUCUUGGGAUCAGGUACCUAGGGGGCUGCUUGGACAUCUGCCUUGUGACCUGUGUCAUCUGUGAAACGGGGCUGGUAUCCAGAGUGUCUUCUGCUGUUUAUCCCUGUGAGUGACGAGGCCCUUGAGAGGGUUUCCCAUCACAGUUCUGUAAAAAUAUGAGGGAUGGAGAGCAGAAAACCAAGAAUGCUGGACUCUGUGUCCUGGGUGUAGCGUGUCAACAUUGCUUUCCUCUUUGAAAUCACUUGGAAGACGCUUACAUCUCCCUGCCUUGAGAAACUGCUGCCACUUAAACAUCACCUUGAGAUGGCAAUUAUUAUUGAUAAUUUAACUGUACUGUUACCCACAGCAUAGAAGUAACUAUUGCCUACUCGUUCCAAAGAGGAUCAUGUCAUUAAUUUAGUAGCAUAUCAAGGCGUUCAAUUUCAAGAUUUUUUAAAUCAGAGCUAACUAGGAAUGUUAGCUAUAAGAAUGUAAUAAUAUUUAUGCACUGAAUUUUAAGCCAAUAUGAACAAAAGUGCUGGAAAUGACAUAUAGGUUACUAGACUUCAUUCACAGGUAGGAAAAAAACCACUUGUGCUUCCUUUUCCAUUGAAGGACAAAGAGGGAUGCUUGCUUUUAUUUUUAUUUUUAUUUUUUUAAGGGCCGCAACUCGUGGCAUGUAGAGGU